AUGCAAGAAUUGCAUGUCAAUGGGACACCUACCAACUGUAUACUUAAUCAGGGCGAUGUUAUAUCGCUUGACUGUCUUGGCGAUCAGAGAACUGAAUUUCGAUGGCUUGAUGGUUUCACAGUAAACGGCGAUGUUUCUCUUUUACGGGAUCCAUCUUCGACCGGAACUAAAUGGCGUGUAUGGUCUCAUCCAGGAAGUUGCAGUAUUAGUCUCGAAUCGCUUGGUCAUAUUCCAGGCAAAAAGUGGUUACACGGUAAUGCACAAGAUGGUACAGUUAGAUUAGAAGCUACAUCUGCCAAUCAUCCUGACACAAAAUGGUCGGUGGUUUUGACGGAUGGGCGAUAUAGUUUCUUUUCUCAAAGCUCAGUUGCUGGCGAUAAAAGAUGGUUAGAUGGUGUAACAAUAAGUGGUAAAGUUGUACUUCAACCAGCGAUUCAGGGUUACUCUGGCACUCAAUGGAAUGUGGUGUUUCGCUAA